AUGUGGCGGUUUCUUGACGGUGUUAGCCAACCGAAAAAGAAAAAGCUAUCAGCCGAUGACAAAAGAAAGUACUUCAAUGAAUAUGAGAAAAAUAAACGUUCAAGAUCGUUCCUACUGGACUGGAAAAAGGAAAGACCGUGGCUUGAAAAUACCGAGAACGGAAUGAAAUGCAGCUAUUGUAACGAAUAUGAAAGCAAACGUCAAUCUUUGUUCGUUCAAGGUUGUAAAAGUUAUAAAAUUGAAACAAUCAAAUUACAUGAACAGUCCAAAUCCCAUCUUAAGUGUCAGGCUUGUUAUCAUGCAAAAUGUGUGCCUGCAAGUAUGUCGGAAGCUGGGAAAUUAGUGCAAAAGUUAAAUGAUGAAAAUUUCAAGAAAAUGGCCAUUUUAUUUAGGACAGCGCACGCCCUUGCUAUACAUAACCGUCCGUUUACUGACUUUAUAUGGAUGUGUGAGCUUGACUCUGUAAAAAAUGUUAAUGUCGGUGAAACUUACAGAAAUGAAGCAGCAGCUAAAACUUUCAUAAACUAUAUUGCUAAAAAUGAAAUUACAAAAGUGUCAUCACGCAUAAGUACAUCAAAAUUUCUCUGUAUUAUUGGAGAUGGGAGCACAGAUGCCUCUGUUAAAGAGCAAGAAAUGUGGUUUGUCAGAUAUUGUAGAGAAGGCAUCAUAUCUACUGACUUUAUAGGUGUUGAUAGCUAUGAUGACAAGGGCUUAUUGCUACCAAGCAGGGUUGGAGGUACAAGGUGGAUUGGGCAUACUGCAUUGGCUUUACAAAAUAUCACAGUAUCCUAUAAAUAUAUAAUUAGCCAUCUUGGACAGUUAACAGAACCAUCUGAACGUGUGUCAACAGAUUCACGGGCCAAAGCCUAUGCUUUUUUGAAACUUCUUCAGACAAAGAGCAUUGUACAUUUCAUCUAUUUUUUGAUAGAUGUUCUAAGUGUCUUUAAAACAUUGUCACUAGGUGUCCAAAACAACCAGUGCUUGAUCUCCCAACAACACUCGACUAUAGAAUCAAUGUUGGAAGUUCUUAGAGGAUACAAAACUAGAUUUUGGAACAGAAGACUUGCUAACUUUAAUCAGUCAUUUCGUACUUUAUUUGAAAAAGCUGGGUUAUACUGUGAUGAGAUUGAGAUGGAGUGGAUCAUGUUGAAGAAGGCUAUUUGUGAAAACACAGCCAAGUUUGAAUCACGGACACAAGUAAAUGAAAUAUAUGGACACCAGUAUCGGAAUAUAUUAGAUGUAAUGGAUCUUACUUUAACUAUGAGCCCAAGUAGUGCUGAAGCUGAAAGGGGAUUUUCAUUGAUGAAAGUUCCAAAAACAAAAAUCCGAUCAACAUUGAGUCAGGGUAGUUUAAAUGACCUAUUAAUUACCAAGUUACAUGCUCCUAAAAUUGGAGAUUUUAAUCCUAGUGAGGCUGUUUAUCUAUGGAACAGUGAGGGAAACCGCACUAAAAGAGUGAACUUUAAAGACAUGUCAGCAAGUAAAAGAAACCAACUGUGUUUACUCAAACACCAGAUGUUGUUGUUCCACAAGAGACUGAGAGCAUUGUAAUGUCUAAGCCAAUUCCUGUUUCAAAAGACUUGG